UAGAAGGUCUCGGCGAUUAUUACCGUCGGCCGGGGUCCACCGUGAAAGACGCGCGGGGAGGCGCCGGUGGAGUCGAUCUUAACGACCACCGUCCGCGCCGGGUCCGGAUGUUGUUGCCCGUUGGUCGCCGCCGUCGUCGCCGCCGUCGUCGUCGUGCUGCCCGUGGCCGGUGCGCACAAGAGGAAGCAUGUCGAGCCUAGCGCGAAGGAGACGCACGGCCGUGCUCGGCUCCAAGCGAUGGUGGCAAGGUGGCUGUUGGGCGACCAGGGGCCACCAGGAGGCGUACCUGCGCAAGCUCUACGGCAGGAAGAGCGACAAGGGCGGCCAGAACGACGAGGACGCGGCGCAGCCUCGCGACCUCGUGUCACCCUCACCCUGGACAUCAGCCGGCGUCGUGUACGACCUACCGAGCGCUACCGGCGAGCACUACCUCGACGCCUUCCUCAGGAGUCGCGAAAACGAGGCGAACGACGACGUGGACGAUGUCGUCGCCGCGGUGGUCGGCUGUCCGGCGUUGGCGACGUCGCGAGCCAGCCCGACGGAGAAGUGCGUGGAGUACCUGAAGAGCGCCCAUGACGACGGGACCAGUUUCGAGCACCGCCGUGCCGCGGGAGACGCGGAAUGCGGCCGCGUAGCCGAGUGCGGCUCGGUGCAUUCGGGUUACGAUGUGGUGGCCGGCUCUUCGGAGAAGGUGUGCAGGAGCUGCAGGUGCCCGCGGGAGGAGCACCAGCGGACUUCGACCGAGGCGGGAGGUCCCUCGGGACUCGGCCUGGGCCCGGGCCCGCCGAUGGCGAUGGCCAUGGCGUUCCCGAGCGGCGCCGGCGGCGCGCCUCACCAGGAGCCGUUCAAGAGCCCGGUGCAAGCUGCCCCGGCCGGCCUGGCGCUGCAGGAGGCCCUGAUGCACCACCAGAGGCAUUCGCAGAGCGACGACGACAGCGGGUGCGCGCUCGAGGAAUAUACCUGGGUGCCGCCCGGACUCAGGCCCGACCAGGUGCACCUGUACUUCAGCGCGCUACCUGAGGACAAAAUUCCGUACGCGGGUAGCGCGGGCGAGCGGGAACGGGUGAAGCAGCUGUUGCAGCAACUGCCGCCGCACGACAACGAGGCGCGGUAUUGCAGCGGCCUGACCGAGGAGGAGAAGCGCGAGCUGCGGGUUUUCGCCGCGCAGCGGAAACGCGAGGCAUUGGGCCGCGGGCACGCGAGCCAGCUCGAGCGGCCGCACGGCGCGGGCUGUCGGGAGUGCGGCCGACCCGUAGCGGCGGGCGAGAUGGCCGUCGCUGCGAGCCGCGCCGGACCGGCCGCGCUCUGGCAUCCCGCAUGCUUCGUCUGCUGCGUCUGCCGGCAAUUGUUGGUCGAUCUGAUAUACUUCUGGAGAGACGGCCGAUUGUACUGCGGCCGUCACCACGCCGAAACGUUGAAGCCGCGCUGCUGCGCCUGCGACGAGAUCAUUCUCGCCGACGAGUGCACCGAGGCCGAAGGCAGGGCAUGGCACAUGCGCCAUUUCGCUUGCUUAGAGUGCGAUCGACAGCUCGGCGGCCAGAGGUACGUGAUGCGAGAGGGACGGCCGUACUGCCUGCGUUGCUUCGACGCGUCCUUCGCCGAAUACUGCGAUAGCUGCGGCGAGCCGAUCGGCGUCGACCAGGGCCAGAUGUCGCACGAGGGUCAGCACUGGCACGCGACCGAGUCCUGCUUCAGUUGCGCUACGUGUCGCGCCUCCCUCCUCGGCCGGCCGUUCCUGCCACGUCGCGGAGCUAUUUACUGUAGCAUAGCGUGCAGCAAGGGCGAACCGCCGACAACACCGAGCGACUCCUCCGCCGGGCCGCCGCCGCCGCCGCCCUCUUUCCUCAGGACCGGCAGGAGGCAAGUGGUGGCUAUGAGCGAAGGUUCGUCGAGUCCACCGCCUCCACCUCCGCCGCCCCCUCCCCCAGGCUCGAGACACACUCUCGGAUCGCCUAGGAACUCGCCUCGGAUGACCAGGAAGCAGCAAGCUUCCGCUUCCUUGGCGACGACGCCCACUCAGAGCACCCUGAGCCCCGAGUUCGUCGUGGAAGGCUUCCCCUCAAGCGGGUCCAGACCCAGUGGUCUCGACAGGGUACUUCUGGAGCGGAACCUCGAGAGGCUGCUGCAGGAACGCGGCUCUCAUCCCGACGAGAACCGCAACGAAUUGGGAAGGCUGAUGCAAGCACGAGACCGAGAGCCCCUCAGAUGUGUUCAGAACUGCACUCCUUCCCACGCGUCGAGCAUGCCGGAACUGCCGCCGCCCCCGCGGCCGUCGUCGGGAGCGUCGGCGUCGACAUCGACCGCCGGCGCAGCGUCCGCCGCCGUAUUGGCGCAGGAGACGGCGACGUCGCCGGUCACUCCGGUCGGAGCGAGCCAGACGGACCCGCCGACGCCGACGUCGCGACGCGUGCGAUUCCAAGGGGACCUGGACAUCAACGAUCACGGCGCGACGUCGCGUAUACCUCUCUCGCUGACGAACGACCGGAACUCAUCGUCGUCGCCUUCCCCACCGCCCGCCUCGCUGACGAGGGCGAACGUAUCCCGAUCGAGGAGUCUGCAACCCGAGGAAGUUGCCAGCACGUCGACUUGGGGUACGGCGGGUACCUCUAGGUCGAGGAUGGACGGCGAGGACGACGACGUCGAGAGCUGCUGCUCGACGUGCAGCUCGUCCAGCAGCUCGGACGAGGCCGCGGCUUACGCGCUGCCGCCCCGGCGGGCCUACGGCGGCGUCAGGAUCUCUUACGUGCCGAACGACGCGGUGGCGUGCGCGAGGAAACGAGCGCCCGCGUCCUCGUCGUCGUCGAAUCAGGCGCAGAAGGACACCGAGAAGUGCGUCAUAUCUUGAUGACUCCUCCGGCCACGAUCUACGAGCCCGGACGUCGCCCUGUGUCGCCAUCGAUGAUCUGAUCGUCGGAGGACGAGAGAGAGAAAGAGAGAGAGACAACGAUGAAAAACGACGGCAGCCGGCAAAUCAGAACCAGUUCCUACGAAGUGGACGCACUUUUCGAUAUCUUCCGAGGCGUCGUCGUCGACGAUGUUCGCGUCUCCGGCAGGCGACGACACGCGCCACCUGGACGUCGCGCGUUCGUGCGGCAACGCGAUGACAAAUACUCAGUUUGUUCGUGUACAUAUAUUGAGCUCUCUUCCGGGACGGUCGUCCGACGGUCCCUUUUAUUUUUAAUACCCCAUUAAUGUAUUUGAUAAUAAUAACGAUGACGAUGAUAAUAAA